AUGCCGAAAGAACGCUCCAUGAAUCCGGCUGCCGCGCAGCACAAACUCGACAAGCAAAAGUCAAUGAAGAAGGGGAAAGCAGAGGCGCUGGCCCGCCGAAAUGAGAAACUCGCCCGUCGCAACCCCGAUCGUAUCCAACGGCAGAUUAAUGAGCUGAAACAGAUGCAAGAGUCCGGUCAGAAACUACGACCAAGGGAACAACAGAUCUUAGAGGCACUGGAAAAGGACCUGCGCUCUGUGCAGAAGGCUCGCGAAGCUUUGGGUGAUAAGGCACCUAAGUUUAAUGAAAGAGGUGGUGACGGUCUAAGAGGGCAAGGCGACGGGGUACUCGGGAAGAGGAGAAGAGACGACCGUGAUAAUCGAUUUGGACAAGAAAGUGACAGCAGUGAGACGGAUGAGGAGGUACGAAGGAUACCCAUGCCACGGGAUACUCCGCCACCGAUUCCCAGACAGUACCAGAAGAGAGACGCAGGGCUUGCUGAGAGUGUGCGUGGGCCACAUGCUCUUCCCAACAAGCCGCCUGUGACAGAAUCCAAGACGGUCUACGAAGCUAAACCCGAGAUCAAGGACUUGCGACGGGAAGCCAUCAAUAAAUUCGUUCCGGCUGCUGUCAGGGUAAAACAGGAGUCUAUUAGAGGCCAGGGGAAACUUUUGGAGCCGGAAGAAAUGGAUAGACUUGAAAAAGCAGGCUACCAGGCAGGUUCUGCAGAGGGACAGUCGACAGGUAAUCCGGAUUAUGACGAGCAACGACGGAGGAUCUUGGAAGAGGAAGAGAGGCGCUUCAAUCAAGAACUUCUUUCAGUGCAAAUAGAGGAGGUCGAAGACGAGGAAGCCUAA